GUCAGCAGUUGCUAAGCAACGGUUGGAAUGUGUUUGAAAUGUCGAAAGAGAAUCCAACCCUCCGAUUGCUUGGGUCACCGGUAAACCUUUCUUAUCGGAGUAAGAAAAGAGACGAUAAAAAGAAUAUAAGAAAUAGACCACGAUCUGCACUUCAGAACACUUCUUUCACGCCGGAUAUUCCGGAAAGAUACAAAAGACCAUUUUCGGCUGAUACUAAGGAGCGGUCGCCAUCAACAAGGAGUUUCUUGAAAACAUUUACUGCUGAUUUAAUCCAAUCUUAUAAGAACUCGCCAACCCAUGUUAAGAUAGUACCACCUACCACUGAUCUAUUUGGCGUCACAACAUCAGCUAACAAUCAGGAAUUUAAAAAAGACAAAGAAGUAUGUAGUAAUGCUUCUGAUUAUGGUUCUGAAGACACCUUUAUCAGCUUAGGAACUAAAAUCAAAGUGAGGGCUCAAUCUAGUCCAAAACCAAAGAUUACAAACCCAAAAACUAUUUUGAAAUACAGAAACAUAGUGAAAAAAGGUCGUAAAGUUAUGGACACCAAUACAUAUGAAGAGAAAAACAAUCCUGACUAUGGAUUGGAGAUUAAAAUAACAGAGAGGCCAUUAAGGAUACAGUCACCUACUAGAAAUGAGGCAAUGUAUGAUCAUGGUGCCACUCAUUUUAAAAGUAGAGCUUAUGAAUCUUAUUUUGUACCUCUAGAUGCUGAGAGCAAAGCAAUUGAAUGUGGUUUAUCAGAUUGCAUCUCUUUUGGUCCUAAUAAUUUACAAGCAGAGGUUGAAGAAGCUAUUGAUAAAUAUUCUAAACGCCUGACACUUACCAAACAACAACUAUCUCUUGUAGAAGAAGAGUCAACACAGGACUUGGAGAGUAUCCCAUCCCAGCAUAUGCCCAGUUUGUCUCCAGAAAACUCAUUAGAUCAGCCUAGGAAUAUUAAAGAGGGUGAUACUGAGGAAAAUUUUACAGGAAGAAAUACAUAUGUAAUUGACAAGGAAGAUUAUACGAAAUCUCAGAACUAUGAACCAAGAACAUAUAGUAGCUUUUAUGAUGAUUUCCACAUAAACCCUCUAGACCCUUAUAAAUCCAAAAUGUCUAGCACAGUAAUAUAUACUGAUUCAUCUUCUAAAGAUUCAGGUUAUCCAGAUAGUGCAGCAAAUGAUAAUAAAAAUUAUGGUCAAACCUAUUCUCUGCCGUCUUCAUCAUUAUUAAAAAAAUCUAAGUCUUACAAUAAAAUAGAAGACCAGCCUAAAAGUUUGGAUAGCGUUUCAACAAAUAGUAAUGAUAAAGGCUAUCAUAAAACUUAUCCAUUGGACAAAAAAUCACAAUGGACAGAACCUCUGAAUCAUAGUCGUUUACUAUACAAAGAUUUUUUCUUACAAAAAGAAGGUCAUCAAGCUUUGCCUCCCCAAAAUUCGCCAAAUAAAGAAAACACUAACAAUGUCCCUUCAACUAAUGAAAUUAUAGAUGGUGUGAAACCUGAAAAACAAACAGAAAAUUUGGAAUAUCCAUCAUAUUUAAGGAAUAGCAGCACGAAAGCAUACACAUCAAAAGUUAUUGAAGAUUAUAAAAAAGAAUUAGAGGCCAUUAACAGUUUACACAAGUUAACAUUGAAAGACAUAAAAACGGAUCCAAUUUCUCCAACACCAUUGAAUAUUGACAAAAUGUUUGAACCAUCAGGUCCUUUUAUAGAAGACAAGAAAGACUGUAGUGAUGAAUCACGAGAAAGUUCUGAUGUUGCUGGUGAAACUGCAAAGAAUACAGAUACAAAUAACUCUCUUGACAAUAAUAGUAGAGAUAUAUCCAAAGUAUCCACUAAGGAAUUAAUACAAAAUUAUUUAAAAGUAAAAGAAGGAGAUUAUACCAAGGGUUACCAGGGUAUUCCUAAAAACCUUAGAAAAACUGAUAGAAAAUUAGACAACAUAAGUACGAAGUUUGGGGAGAGUUCCACAUUUAAACAAGAGUGGAAUAAUAGGAAUUCUAAAAGUAAUGUUAAGUCUACUAUUCCAGUGAAUAUUAGAAAUCAGACUCAAAAAACAAAUUACAGUGCACGUGUGCCUUUGAGCGCUAGAAUUGAGAGUGUACAGAAUGACAAAGAUAUUGAUUCUUGGAUGUCUCUGUCUGCACCUUCUCCAAGAAUUCUGGAAAUAAAUGAAGUGGAACCUCCUAUAAUAACCCAUGUAAAUUCUGAUCCUAAAUCGCAUGGAGAUGAGUCUACUAUUGAAAAAAAUGAUUACACACAACCAACUCCUUCCAAAACAGGAAAUGAAGAAUCAAAACCAAAAGAAUUGAACACAAAUUCUACGGUGUUUGAUAUUUAUUCGAUGUUGAAAGAAAUCGAGAGUUACGGGGACAAUCCAGUCUCAACAGUUAGUGUUGACAUGCCUAACCCUUCAGAAAAUACACAAGAAGAGGAUACAGCAACUAAAGAUAACUUUAUGGAGAUUUUCGAAUUUCUGGAAAAGGUGGAACAAAGCGCUAAUGCUGCGUUAUCAGUAGUAACUAGUACCACACCUCAAACUGUACCAAAACUGGAACUACUACUAAAAUUACCGCAAACGGAGCUCGCGCAGCGACUGGUUACAGCAUCACUUCAGCUCGAGGAGAGAUCGUGCUGCAUCGCUUUGUUGCAGGAGAGCCUCGCCAACCAUAAAGAACAGAUGGCCAGUAAAGUGAGUAACCUGGAGAAGCAGUCAUUGCGCAACGUGUCUAAGGUGAAGCAGGAGUGCGAGGAGACGAUUAAACGCCACCAGAACUUCAUUGACCAGCUAAUAAAUGACAAGAAAACCCUGAAUCAUCGUAUUGAGCAGCUAGUGGACGAGAGGCGUUCACUUGAAGAGCGCUGGAAACGGUCAGCACAAGCGCUUGAAGAGCGGUAUAAGUUGGAAUUGAGAAACCAACACGACAAAAUGGCCGCCGCUCAGCAGGUUGCCCGACAACGCUGGGUACGGCAAAAGGCUGAGAAAAUUAAGGAAUUAACCGUAAAAGGAUUGGAAGGUGAAUUGCGGGAGAUGGCAGAACGUCAGCAGAAGGAGGUGUCGGAUCUGAAGAUGUUCCACGCAGAGCAGAGUGGUCGCGCGCAGGCGCAGCACACCGCGCAGCUCGAGGAACUGCGGCGGACCCUCGAACAGGAGAAGGAGGACGCGCUGGUCAAGGAACGACAGCUGGCCAGCUCCAGAAUGGAGAAGCAGAUCCUGGAGUUGGAGCUGACGUACCAGGAGCAGCGAUCGCGGCUGGUGGGCGAGAUGAGAGCACAAGCCGAGAGAAAUGCCGCCGACGUCAGCGAGCGAGAACGCACGCAAAGGGAACACAUCGAGAAAUGGAAAGAAGAAGAGGAAAAGUUAUUAGAAGAAAAGAAGUCUCAACUAGAAUUAUAUAUUUCACAGGAGAAGGAAAAAUUAGAAGAACAAAUGAAAGAGAGGGAGAAAGAGAUGCAAGAACAAUUUGAGCAGUACAAGCGAGAUUUCGAAGCGGAACAACAGGUGGUGCUGAAACGAAAAGUGAUGGAGAUAUCUACACAGCAUAAGCAGGAAAGAGAUAGAGAGAUAGAGCGUGCAAUUGAUAGCAUGGAGGCAGAAGCACAAGCAGGACGGAAAGAUCUACAGGAAGCAAUAAGGAGAAAUAAGGAACAAUACGAAGCUGAAUUGAAGGAAUUGGCGGAAACGGAACAAGCAACGUUGCGGCGCUACCAAGAUGCGCAGGCGCGCGUACGCACGACCGAGGAUCGAUGUGCAGAAUUAGAAGUAGCGGUGUCUCAAUUGGAAACUAGAAAUAAAGUGUUAAUAGAGAAAAAUACACAACUGGAAGAAAGGGUGGAAGCAAUAAGGGCUAGCAUAGACCAAGCGUGGCGAGACAAGGUGGACUCGCUCAAGAAGGAAAUAGAAGAGAUGAAGAGAACACACGAAGAGCAGAUGCAUCAACUGUACGCCAAGGUGAAGGUGGCAGUGGCCCGUAAAGACUCAGCCAUACAAGCGAUGACCCGCGAGGCGGGCAAGGCACAAGAGAAGAUCACGUUGUUAGAGCAGAAGUUACAGCAGCAGAGGAAAGACUUUCUUAAACAUAAAUGAUCCUGUUAUAAUGAACAUUUUUUUUACAGGUGAUAAUGAAAUGAUGCACCUGCCUGCGCUACCGUUAAACAUUGGCGGGGUACCAGUUGUAGAUAGGAUGAGCGUGAAGUCAGGUUAGUUAGCCCAUUGUAGCAAUUUCACCAGGAAUCACGAUGUUUUCCAGGGCGGACCGUGUGGAGGUCGACCUAACAUGGCUAGCAAUAAGGCUACUAGACCCCAUUACUAAUAAUCCUC